AUGGCCACACACUUGUGGGCGAAUUUUGUGACUUCUUUGGAGUCUCGAUCCGUUUCCUUCCAGGAGGUGCAGCAUGCCACCGAUCGGCGGGCCGUUAUUGUCGAGGCAGGAUUUACUGAUGCCAUCAGUAUUGCCAUUUUGGAAACGGAGUGGCUGAGGCGCUGCAAAAGCAGUGCCGCUUCUUCCACUUCUUCGUCUGCUGCUGCUGGUCCUGCAAAGAAAGCUGUGGGGGUGGUGGCGUCUGUAGCGGCCGUCUCCACCACGGCAUAUCCUCACUUUGAGGACUAUGCGAAGCUGGAGGAUGUGCCGGAGGAGAUUCAGGACCGUGUUGUGACGGCAGACGUGCUUGCCGCGGUUGUGGGUCACGGUGGAUCCCUCCUUCAGGCCUCGCGCGACGGUUUUCUUGUAUCGCGUCACGUGCCCGUGUCGAUGCGCAGCCUGUGCAAGACGAUCAUCCCUGUCGCGGAUGCCUUCGUUGCGCUCCGCAAGGUGGAACGGGCGGAGUACAUGGGGAAGAGUCUUGUGGCGAUGGCUCUCGGGGAAGUUGUGUCGGAGGUCUGCACCAGCUUUGCCCAUGAGAUGGCCAACCUGCAGCGUUGGGCCCAAGGCAGGGCGAUGCCGCUUAUGGGCGCCGUCUCGGAAGUGCUGCGGGCGGGCCAUCACAUUGUGCGGCUGCGCCAGGUGCUCCCCACGGACACCAUCGCGGACGAGGAGGGGACCCUGUCGAUGGCCGGCUGGCGUCUUUUAAACCACCUCCAUGAACAGUCAGAGAAGUGCUCGGGCAGCAGAGAAGACGAUGAGUUGCUGCUCCUGCUGCUUCGUCGAGCAUCGGUGCCGUACCUGCGCGUUCUGCAUCGCUGGAUGCAUGAGGGGUUGUUGGAAGAUCCGUAUGGGGAAUUUUUUAUCUCCGAGGUCCGACCGCCGUCCGGCGCGACGGCGACGACGUUGGCUGUGAGCAACUCCGGCGGCGCGAGGAGUAUGGUGAGUCGCGUUUUUCCAAACUUUGCCGCCACGGACGAUUCUGGUGGCGCAGCCUCCGAGGAGGCAGUUGAGUUUGAGCGGCGCUUCUCUAUGAAUAGAAACAUGAUCCCGAACUUCCUCUUGAAAACUUCCAAGAUUGCAAAGAUGGUGUUUUACGCUGGCAAGUACUGUUGCCUCCUGCGCGAGUACAACGGGACCCUGCCGGCGUUUGGGGACGUGGCGGAGCACAUGCUCGUCUGGUCGGGGGACGAAAAGCUGCAUCGCAAAAUUGAGGAGUCGUACGAGAUUUCCAGCGGUGAGGUGCUGCAGCUGUUUCUGGGGUCCCAAGUGGAUCUCCUCGGACACCUCACCUCGCUGAAGAGCUACUUCCUCCACCAACGCGGGGAUUGGCUGGUUGACUUCCUCGACAGCGCCGAGGAGCUUCUGGUCAAGUCACCAGUGCAGGUCAAAGUGCACUCGCUGCGGGUCUUGCUUCAGGCGGCGAUUGCCAGAUGUUGUGGGACGGACCCGUAUCACAGUACCAUUGGCUGCAGCUUUUCGGAUAGCACAAUUGAACGGUGCGUCAACGGCUGUUUUGAACACAACACAGACGAGGCAUGCCCGCGUGGGUCUUGCGGUAGAAAAAGUGCCAUGCGCAUAGAAACACACCGCUGCAUUGAACUGCUUCAGCUAGAAGCCGAUCUGAAAUGGCCCCUCACGAUGGUCUUGGACGCUGCCGUUUUGAGACGCUUGAAUGCGGUUUUUCGUCUAUUUACAUGGUUGAAAAUUUGCGAACGCAAUCUUACCACGGCGUGGACAGAUGUAGACGCCCCCCACCAGUCCUUCCAGGCAUACAGCAUCAAACAUCAACUUAUUCAGUUUGUCCGGCAGUUUCAGUUUUACGCGGCACACUUCGUUGUGGAGCCGCUGUGGGGUCGCAUGAUGGGUCGCAUCGGCCAGGCGGACAGCGUUUUCGCCGUCAGCAAUGCCUUGCAGGACUUCUUUGAGGGGGUUGAGGUUGGCUUGGUGCUCGCCAGCUCUCACCGCUUCCAAAGUUUGUCGCGAAUUCUGGAAAUUGUCUCUAGCUUUACUGAGAUGGGUCGACGAGGGGUGCCGUCACAGCUGAGUGCGGAGCAGGUGAGGGAGACACUGACGGGCGCAGAGGAACGGUUUCUGAAGGCGCUCUCUGAGCUCGCCUCGCCAGUGGGCGCGGACUACCCGCAGCUCAUUCCACUUUUGACAUGGAUCGACUUUAGCGGCUUUUACGACCGCAACGGUGUGUACCGCGUGCUCUACUCGGCAGGGAUAUCGGCGGAAUCCAUGAACUCUGUAAGCGCGGAGCGACAUCGGCGGUAG